GAAAGGGUGGGUGUAGAUGAGCUGACAAAAGAACAAAGAAAGAAGGAAGAGAAAAAAAGAGCAGAGCGAGAGCUAUGGCCACACUCCUCUCUCCCAAUCUUCUCAUCUUCAGAAACCAUACAAGAACUACGGUAAACCAGAAGAAAUGUGGAUUGCCUGUGAAAAUCAUUUCAUGUUCAUGUGUUCCUUCAAGACCCACUUCACAAAUUGGGUUUUACAGAAGGGAUUUGAUGCUCUUUGGCUUCUCUUCUUCAGCGGCUCUAAUCUUCCCUCCUUCAGGAUAUGGCACAGAAGAAGAAUUUAAAAUGGCUUCAGUAGUUGAUGAUAUAAAUGCUUAUUCUUAUCUAUACCCAUUGGAGUUGCCAUCUAAGAAGCUUGUGUUCAAAUGGGUGGAAUCGAGAAAGCCAGAACGCUAUUCGUCAGCUGCACCACUGUCUCCUGAUGCACGCCUGCGCAUUGUGUCUGAGCGUGUUGACAUAAUCGAUAACCUCAUCAUUUCUGUUACCAUAGGUCCCCCCAAUUCACAGUUCUUAAAAUCGAAGGACAAGGGUACAUGGACUGCAAAAGAUGUUGCUGACUCUGUUUUAGCUGACAAGGCUGCAUUGCGAAUCACUUCAAGUCAGCGCAUGUCUGAAAGCUCAGUUCUUGAUACACAUGCUAGUGAAGUCGAUGGUGAGCCGUACUGGUACUAUGAGUACCUAAUUCGCAAAUCACCUACAAAAUCUGCUCAAGAAUCAAACAUUUACAGGCACUAUGUUGCUUCAACUGCCGAACGAGACGGUUAUUUGUACUCUCUGAAUGUUUCAACAAUUAGCAAGCAGUGGAAAGUAAUGGGGCCUUUGUUGGAAAAAGCUGCCUCUUCUUUCCGCCUUCUCCCUCCCACAGAAGACUACGUUCCUCCAUACAAGGAUCCCUGGAGAUUUUGGUGACAAUGGCCAUUAGCUUACCAUUAUUGAGUUUCUUUUUUCCCUUCCCUUAAAUAAUUGUAAUAAUGUAUAUUUAGGGAUUUUUUGAGCAUGAUGUUUCUUCUCUGCAAUUCCUAGUAGCUAAUUGGGUUCCAUUUCUUGCUUCUUCUCACCAUCACUCUAUUUACAAAUAAUAAUAGCCUUUUAUCAGUUUUCUGUCUC